AUGGAGGGCGCCAUGGGCAAGUCUAUGCCUGCAGACAGGCAGUCUGCUCGGCUCGGCAAGUUCGGCAUCUCGACGGUCAUUGGCUCGUCGACGACAUCUUUAUUGCCGAGCAUGCCAACGACUCUGGCGGGUCUACAAACGCUGAAUCCGUUGAGAUCCGUCGAAGGUCCUCGGACGGCGGCAUCUCGCGGCCUACGACAGGCGCCGGAUGUCAAGCUGAGCGAUAUGCCCAAGAUUGAGCCGACCCAAUUUGCUAGCUAUCUGACGGAGAUCAAGAGCGAACACGAUCGCUACAUUGCUACGCUUACUGAGCAGCAAAGAGAGCUCAAGACUGCUCGGCAAGCGAGUACAUCUCGCGUGACGUUGGACGACACAAGCUUGGCAUCCUCUCCUCGCGCGCCGCUUGCUCAGUCGCUGAAAGGCAAAGAGCGGGAAGAGCUACCACCGCUUUCCUCAGUGCCAACAUCCUUCUUUUCGGAAGACUUUGAGCUCAGCAAUCCGAACACUUUCGAAAUAGUGAUGGAAGCCAAUCUCGCGACUGCCAAAGAUGCCGCUUCGCUUCAGAACAGACUGACAGAUUAUCUGGACGUGCUCGAAAGUCAUAUGACCGUCGAGAUCUCGGAACGAUCAGCCUCCUUUUUCUCAGCACUGUCGAAUUUACAAUCUUUGGGCUCGCAAUCGACAGUUGCCCUCGAUCGGAUAGCAGCCCUGCAAGAAGAGAUGCACCGAAUUGACAAAGGAACGGCAGAGCAAGGGCUUGCAAUUGUACAGACUCAGAUCAACAGACGCAACGCCCAGGAUCUUCAGCUAGCAGUAGAGCGUGUCAAAGAGGUCUGGCGGGCGCUAGCAGACGCAACGGAGCUGUUCGAUCAAGGCGAAUGGGAGGGAGCGCUCUCUAUGAUUACCGAACUCGAGGAUCUAUGGCGCACGGACGAUUCUCAUGAUGACUCGCCUGAUAACGUCUCGAAGCGCGCUGCGUUAGAUGUCAUACCCGAGGAUGAGAUAGAGCCUGUGCAGCCCGCAGCUGCGAGCCGGCCAGCACCCAAGAUAGUCUUCGCCAGACUGAAAGCACUUGAGCCUGUGCCCGGUCGGCUGAAAGCCCUGAGAUUGUCGAUCGCGCAAUCUCUGCAAGGCGAGCUCAUAGGCAAUCUCGUUCACGAGUUCCAACAGCGGCUGAAGGAAUACACUGACGUAGAUUCCUCAGAGCCAUCAGCGAAAAGAACUUGGCUUAGCAAUGGCUUUGCCAAGAAAGCUGAGACGUCAAUCGCUAUGGCUCGCAUAUAUCUCAAGGAUGAUGCGACCAUGGCCACUGCUCGGCAGCAGAUUAUAGAACGAGCGAAGGACCGUGCUCGGCCGAUCGUCAGAGGCCUUCUGCGGUGCGCGCCGGAAGCCUUUGAAGCGGCUCUAUCUUCAUGGCAAGAUGGACUCACGCGAGAAGUUCGGCAACUCGUCCGCAAAUACUUGCCGAUCUCUCAUGAGAACCCCGAAGAUGACGAGACUUUCGAUACGUCUAUGGACAGACGUAACGGCACACAAGAUAGAACGGCAGCACUAGCUGUCAAGCUGCGCGAACAAUCUCACGCAGACUUCCUGCAAGUCUUACAACGCACCUAUCAUGCACUAUGGACCUGUUUACAGAUCAUCAGCCUGCACUCGGACGCGCUCAUGCAACUUCUGAAGGAAGACACUGCUCAACCGCGCACGAGACCCUCGAGACAGUCUACACAAUUCUCGAUGGGCGCAAGUUCUUCAGAACGAUUCAUUGAGCAGACCACAGAUAAGCUCGCUGAUCUGCUCAGGAUCUUGGCCGAUCUCAGUCAUGUGCGCUUUUCGAAAGUACUCGGCGUCAGAACCGAAAAGCAUUCGCAUUUGCCGCUAGCAGAGUUUGCACAGGUUCAUGAGCUCACCUGGACCUUCAUCAAUGGCUCCGAGGGUCUCGCUCGGCAUAUGCUAGCAGGGCUACGGAGUGUCAUCGGUACGCAAAGUCGCGCAUUUCUGCAGCAAUACCACAACACAAGAACGGCUGAAUCUGCCAAGGUUGUCGAGAAUGAGCAAUGGUCUGCGGUCGACGUCAGCGGGGAGGCACAACAUCACGUCGACCUUGUUCUGAGCAGCGCGACAGAACAACCGGCCGAGCUCUUGCUUGGAUCUGCAAGAGCAGCACGUGAUCCGACCCGCAAUGCAGCAAUCGGACCCGGUGGCAAACAAUUGAUCAUAGAGGGCCGUUCGUUCCACGCCGUCGCGGCAUCUCUCAAGUGUCUGGAAGUACUCGUUGAUUACCUGCGGAUCGUUGUCAACUUAUCCCAGCUCACCACGGAGUGCAUGAGCCGGAUCAUCGAAUUCCUCAAGCAAUUUAACUCGAGGACAUGUCAAGUUGUACUUGGUGCGGGCGCUAUGCGAUCUGCUGGACUCAAGAACAUCACAGCCAAGCAUCUGGCCCUCGCUUCGCAAGCGUUAUCGAUCAACAUCAGUCUCAUCCCCUACGUUCGCGAGAACGUCCGGCGCUAUCUUACUCCGAAACAGACUGUCAUGUUAGUCGAGUUUGACAAGCUCAAGCGCGACUAUCAAGAGCAUCAGAGCGAAAUCCAUCUCAAGCUCGUCGCCAUUAUGGGUGAUCGACUCGCUGUGCACUGCAAGUCACUGAUGGAGGUCGACUGGGAGAAGGAAUCCAACUCGCCCAAUGCGUACAUGGAAAGCCUGAUCAAAGAGUCGGCCACGCUGCACAAGGUCCUAUCGCGAUACCUCGAAAGCACAACGCUUGAAGACAUCAUGAUGCAAGUCUUUUCGGCCAUACACAAUCGAUUGGCAGACGAGUUCGGACGCAUUCCGCUCAAGAGUCAGAUUGCGAAAGAUCGCUUGCUUGCGGAUGCGACCUAUCUUCGCGUUCGAUGGUCAGAGCUCAAGGGAUUGCAACGAGCAACUCCCGGGGAGGAGCUUGAGAGGCUAGUCGGAUCCAAGCCGAUCGUCGUAGAUGCACCGCCUGCAGCGCCAACGCCCACACCAGCACCAACACUGGCGCCAACGCCUAGCUUUCCUACUUACCAGCGCAGAGUAUCGACGCCAAGGACAGCGACACCAACAAGUGCAAACUUUCGUGGCUCGUCAGAAGCGCAAGUCAAGCCAAGCACAGUACCAGAAGCGAGCACAGCUGCAACAAACACCGAGCCCAAAGAGGCUUCAUCGGAUAAAGAAGCUGGUGUUGUUCAGGCUCCGGUAAACACGCACCCGGCAACCAGGCCUCCGUCUGGUAGCCUGGUGUCACAGCUCAGCACAUCAGCAGCGCCGUCUGCGAUCAACGUAAAGAACAGGCUAGCUGGCUUGUUCUCCCGCCCAAUGACGCGGUCUUCGUCACGAGAAGGCGACCAGCCUCGCAGAUCAUCUGAGAUGCGCAGGGGCGCUUCAUCUCCUCAAUCAAUAGCAGCCGUGCCGCUCGCACCUACCACUAUUGCAGCACCAACCAUGUCUGCAAGACCGUCAGUAGAUCAGGAUAGGAUCGACUCACCUCUGCCAGAUCUUCCCGCCAGUCCCGUCAAGCCUUCUACGGCUGCCGUCGACAUGCAUGCCACGGUAGCCAUUCUUACAGAGGAGACUGCUGAAGAACGUCCAGCUGCUGCAGCAGAUGUUGCGCCGCCCACGGAUCAGCAUCUCGAUGCCGUCACGUCACCCGCUGCACUCCAAUCCCUCGAGCAGCCUGAAAGCGAGGCAGGGUCUGCUAGUGCGACAAUAUCGAUCAGCUCAAACGCUAUACCGCCUGCAGGCGAUGUGCUUCCCGAUACCCAGAUACAGCCUACCGAAACGGCUGCCGCCUUCGAGGAGACGGUCGAAGCGGUCGGGGAGACUCAAGAGCAUUACCUAGACACGUCGACUGAUGUGCAGGCCGAAGCAGAUGCGCUGCUGGCUGAAAAUGCCCGGUCUAGUGCAGAGCCUGUCGACCUGCUAGCUCGGCCGCUUGUGGACCUGGAGAGCACGGGCAUCAAUCCGGCCGCGGUCAGCUUACCUGCGCCCAUUGCAGAGAGCGAUACGCUUGCCGGCAACUCGGAUACUCCGACCAGGGCUCUCUCGCUCAGUCUUGCCUCUAUCGAGAGCGAGCCAUCUCUCCGCACGCACAGUCUUAGCCCCGCCCGAGCACAGCUUGGUCGGCAACGGAUAGGCGGAGUCAGGACACGCUCAGAGAGCUCGAGCCCUCCGUACCCGGAGUCGCCAAGAUCCAGCGGACCUCAACAGAAACGCAGGCGGUUGGUAGUAGCGCACGAUAUGAGGCCUCCUUCGAUGUCAUCGACACAUUCGGCUGCUAGCGAGGAAGUCCUCCCAGCUGAAGAGCCAGCUACGAAUGGCAGUCGUCGACACGAGCCAGCGGCUAAUGGCAGCUCGAAUGGUGCACGACCAAAUGGGAUGCCGAGCUUCUCCAACGGUAGCCACAACGGCCAUCCUGAGCCAGGCGAUAUUCUGCCCAUCCCGCCAUCUGCGCUCACCGCAAGCUCUGACUUUGAGCCGCUCCGGGCAGGCAGCCAGAUCGACCGCUCAGAGUAUGUGCGCUUGCUGUUACAAGCGCUACAAGAUUCUGGGUAUACGAAUGCUGCUCAAGCGCUAGCGGAAGAGUCUGGCUACGAUAUGGAAAGCCCCACAGUGACGAACUUCCGCGCCGCCGUGCUCUCUGGCUCGUGGGAUCAAGUCGAGCGGUCACUAGCGCCGUAUCGGAGCGACGACAGUACAUCAGCAAAGGCGAUACGUUUCAUCGUAAGCGAACAGAAGUAUCUGGAGAUGCUCGAAGCAAGGGAGACCAAGUCAGCUCUGAGCGUGUUGAGAAACGAGCUAGCGCCGCUCAAUUAUGCCCCUGAGCGCAUCCACGUUCUAUCGAGUCUGAUGAUGUGCAGCGAUCCGGCGGAGCUUAGGCAGAGAGCAUCGUGGGAUGGCGCCGCAUCUUCAUCACGCCGACUCGCUCUGGAAAGACUGCAGGCAUACAUACCACCAUCGACGAUGCUACCUCAGCGACGGCUAGAACAACUCAUUGGGCAAGCUACACAGCAUCAGAUCGAUCAUUGCCUCUACCACUGCAUCGAAGACAGGCCGUCGCUCUAUGCAGAUCACCAUUGCGAUCACUCUGUCUUUCCAGACGUCACCGUACAUACACUCUCUGAUCAUCGCGACGAAGUCUGGUGCUUGUCGUUCAGUCACAAUGGCAAGUAUCUUGCCACUGGCAGCCUAGACAAGACAGCCAUUAUAUGGUCCAUUACAGAGAAUUACGAGUUCGUCGUACAUAAGAUCCUCCCAGACUUCGAAGAAGGCGUUUCGUGUCUGUCAUGGAGCCCGGACGACUCCAUACUGCUCGCAAGCGCCGAAGAAUUCAUCUACGUCUGGAAUGUCAAACUUGGCGAGCUUAUCUCAACCCACAAGACCCACGAUCACACCGUCAACGCGAUCGAGUGGCUUCCGGAUGGCACUGGCUAUAUCUCCGCAGGCAUGGAUGCCAAGGUGCUCUUUUGGGAUCUCAGCGGUAACCCGUCGCAUACUUGGCAGACGGGGCAAUCGCGCAUCGUCGACGCUGCCAUCUCACCAGAUGGCAAGCGGCUCGUCUGCAUCGGUUCGGCUGAUCUGCCACUCACCGAGCCUGCGACGGCAUCUGGCAGCACGCCGUCGGCCAGCACUUCCAUGCGAUCGGAGAGGAGGAUACAUAUCUACAACAUCUCGGAGCGACGGCAGGAAAAAGUACUAUCGGUCAACGCUGAUCUGACCUGUGUUUCCAUCUCUGCCGAUUCUCGCUAUGCGCUCAUCAAUCAAGUGCCGAAUGAGAUUGGUCUAUUUGAUCUAGAAGAGGCGCGGCUCGUUCAGCGCUAUGUCGGUCAACAACAAGGUCGGCACAUCAUCCGCAGCUGCUUCGGCGGACCGCGCAACAAUCUCAUCAUAAGUGGCAGCGAGAACGGCAAGAUCGUCAUCUGGGAUCGAAGGACAGCAGCACGUAUCGAAGUACUGAGCGGUCACGGGCCGGGCAGCGUCAAUGCGGUCGCGUGGCAUCCGCUCAACAAGGACAUCUUUGCUAGCGUCUCCGACGAUGGGACGUGUCGGAUCUGGAUGUCCCAGAUCCAAGCGUCUUCGCUCAUCGCGGGAAGCUACGAAGCUGCCCAGCUCAACGUCGAGAUACGGGUCUCGAACGGACAAGGUCUGAUCUUCGACUUGCAGGACUUUCGCUACGUUCGAGAUGAUUUGCGUAUCUGCGGACUUCUGACGGGCACGCUGCCUCAGCUGUCCCAGCAGAAUGUCUUUCUGGGUCUACCGGUCCAGCUCAUGCCAGAGGAAGUCGUCUGGCUUGUCAGUAACGGUCAUGCCGUGCUCAUAGACGACCUCAAAGCACAUCGCGAGCCGACGACCGGUCAAAUCGAGCAGUACCGAGCUGAGCGGAUGGCUAGAGCAAAGGCAGAAGCAGAAGAGCAUGCGAAGAUGGAGCAAGCGAGAUCUGCAAAGGCCAGAGAGGUGUUUGCGGACAAGAUCGCAGCAAAGCAAGAGCAGAGACUCGCAAAGAAAGCUCUCGCGAAGCCUCUGCUCGACUUUGAAGACGAGCCUGUCGCUGUCAAACCGGUUGAGAGAACUGCCGAGACGCUUGUCAUCAAGGAGGAUGCCUAUGCAAUCGUCAUCGAGCCUACUUCUCACAACAGACCAGGCUACGACGCGCGCGGUCACACUUACAAGACCAUCGAGAGCGCCAAGCAAGCUGGUCUGUGGCACUAUCCGAGUAGUGAGAUGCAGCGAGCCAGAUGCGCCGUCUUUGCCGAUCUGCACCAGCAAGGCUACUUCAUGGGACCUGCGCCCAAGUUUGGCGCAGAUUUCUUAGUCUAUCCUGGCGAUCCUCUUCGCUUUCAUUCUCACUUCAAUGCCGUCGUCCUCAGCAGUCCUCAGCAUCCUAUCCGGCCUCUCGAGCUGGUAUCGUGGGGUCGGCUGGCAACAGGCGUCAAGAAGGCCGCGCUCAUGUGCACGUACGACCAGACGACAGACAGAGUGUCCUACUUGUCGCUCGAAUGGGCAGGCAUGGGCUAA